UGAAACAAGAACAAAUUACAGUACUUUGCCAAAUUAAAUUAUAGCUGAAAUAAACAGGCUUUCUGCAGAGUCACUUCCCUGGUAUAGGCAGAACAAAGUCAGCCACCCAUGUGACCUGAAACGGAACAUUUUUCCUGAACCUGCUGUUACAGAGACUAGAAAUAUGGCUCAACUUAAGGAACACAGAAUCCUGGACUACGUGUUGAAGAAUGCUACCCGUGGUGACCCGAAGAGUGUGGUGGAUGCCAUUGACCAAUACUGCAGCCAGAAGGAAUGGGCCAUGAAUGUUGGAGAUGAGAAAGGCCUGAUCCUGGAUCAGAUAGUGAAGGAGACUGAUCCAUCCGUGUUGCUGGAACUAGGCACGUACUGUGGAUACUCGGCUACCAGAAUUGCCCGGCUACUUAAACCCGGCGCUCGCCUCUUCACUGUGGAGAUGAAUCCAAUACAUGCUGCCGUUGCCAAACAGAUACUUGAAUUUGCUGGGGUGCAGGACAAGGUACACAUACUACAGAGUUCAACACAUGACAUUCUCCCCAAACUGAAGACUGAGUAUGCUGUAGAGAACUUUGACUUUGUCUUUAUUGAUCACUAUGGGGACAGAUAUAAACCAGACACUGUGCUACUGGAGGAUCUUGGUUUACUAAGAAAAGGCACAGUAUUGGUAGCAGACAAUGCUGGGUUUUCAAAUGCCGCUGAAUUCCUUGACCACGUCAGGAAAAGUGGUCGAUAUGACUGUACCAACUUUCCAGCUCACGUGGAGUACCUGGAUGAGCCGGAUUCAGUAGAAAAAGCUGUAUUCAGAGGAUAGGAUUGUCUAUAUCAUAUUAAUGCCUUAUAACCUGUUAAAUGGUUUACACUAAAUGUGCAAAUUAUGCCAAAGAUCGGAGAAAAAUAAUCAAGUGUAACAAUUCUUAAUGUGAUCUUAAUAGUAAUGCAUAACUGCUAUGCUACAUAUUAUCAUGUUUAAAUACAGAUCUCCGUAAUCAUCAGAUAUUUUACUUUUAACAGUAAGCAAAAAUAAAGCAAGAUUACUGAA